CACUAUCUAAGCGAAGGCUGACUGGGGAGAACGCAAAAUGACAUUUAGCAAAUGUCGGAGCGUGAUUCAUUCAGGUUUUCGCCUCAGAUUUGGACCUAAAUCGCGUCGCUGGAGCUCCGGUGCGACGAUGGCUCGUUAGGGGGGCUGCUGGCGCAUCUCAUCUGCGGGUUAUUUUUUAUUUUAUUUUAUUUUAUUUUUUUCAACCCCCAAACCCCCUCCCUUGUUUCCCUCUCCCGAUAUUUUGAUUUAUGAAAAAUCACAUUCACGGGGAAAUACUGGUGUCAACAUGGGGCUGUGCUACAGUUUGCGUCCCCGGCUCUUCGGGGACCUGAGCGGCUCUAUCUCCAACGCCACCUCGGACUCGGACCAGCCUCCGGACMCCGCCGCGGCCGCUCGCGCCGGGGCGGCUCGCCAGCAGGAGGACGCCGGGGGAAGCGGGGAGACCUCGUCGCUACGCGGCGGCGGCGGCGGAGGAGGAGGAGGAGGCCUGUUGCGCCCCGGGGACCCCGCCAGGGACAACCGACGCGGAGAAACCGGCACGGACGGUGUGUUGAUACAGAACGGGGGCGGYGGAGGUAAAGGCUCGGGGAAGGAGCGCGGCCGCCGCUUACAGCUGCUGCAGAAAACCGGCAACCAGAAGCAGAAGAACUGGGACAAACUGCUGGUGGAGGAGAAGGAGGCCGAGAAGGAGGCGAAGAAAGUCAGUAAAAACAUUGACAGGGCGCUGAGGGAGCUGAAACGGGAGUAUAAACAGACACAUCGGCUGCUGCUGCUCGGUGCGGGAGAGUCCGGAAAAAGCACCAUCGUGAAGCAGAUGAGGAUCCUACACGUCAACGGCUUCAACGCUGAAGAAAAGAAACAGAAAAUUCAAGAUAUUCGGAAAAACGUGAAGGAUGCCAUAGUGACUAUAGUGUCUGCGAUGAGCACUUUAAUACCUCCGGUCCCGUUAGCCAAUCCAGAGAACCAGUUCAGAAUCGAAUACAUCAAAAGCAUAGCACCACUCUCUGACUUUGACUACCCACAGGAGUUCUUUGAUCACGCAAAGAAGUUGUGGGACGACGAAGGAGUGAAAGCCUGCUUCGAGAGGUCCAAUGAAUACCAGCUCAUCGACUGCGCACAAUAUUUCCUGGACAGAAUUGACUCUGUAAGACAGAGUGACUACACACCAACAGACCAGGACCUGCUACGCUGCCGAGUGUUAACUUCAGGGAUUUUUGAGACCAGGUUUCAAGUAGAUAAAGUCAACUUUCACAUGUUUGAUGUUGGCGGCCAGAGAGAUGAGAGGAGAAAGUGGAUCCAGUGCUUUAACGAUGUCACUGCUAUUAUCUUUGUGGUGGCUAGCAGCAGCUACAACAUGGUAAUAAGGGAAGACAACAACACCAACAGGCUACGGGAAGCCCUGGACCUGUUCCGCAGCAUCUGGAACAACAGAUGGUUACGCACCAUUUCAGUCAUAUUAUUCCUCAACAAGCAGGACAUGCUAGCUGAGAAAGUAUUAGCUGGGAAAUCCAAAAUCGAAGACUACUUUCCUGAGUACGCCCGCUACACCAUACCAAAUGAAGCAACUCCUGAACCUGGUGAAGACCCGAGAGUGACGCGAGCCAAGUUCUUCAUCCGGGACGAGUUCCUGCGGAUCAGCACUGCGAGCGGCGACGGCAGACAUUACUGCUACCCCCACUUCACCUGCGCCGUGGACACGGAGAACAUCCGGCGGGUGUUCAACGACUGCCGGGACAUCAUCCAGAGAAUGCACCUGCGGCAGUACGAACUCUUGUGAUGGACAGGAGACCGUCUCCAUCAGCCUUCUGUGUUCUAUCUCCGCCAUUCUGCACCCCGACGAACCCUGACUCCUCCCCCCACACCCACCCCCUCCACAACCGUUAGAGACCCCCCCCCCAGACCACCCCUCAUGUCCAGGAAUAUGAAGUACUACUGAAGUGUGUCAAAUCCUCUUCAACCCCCCUUUUUUUUUUUUUGUUUUUCUCUUCGAUUUGUCCCCAUUUCUCCGAAGUCAAAGGAACAUUUUGGGGGACAAAGUCGUUGCGCUGCUUCUUGAUGUUUUUUCUUUGAAUCCUUCGUUUUUUUGUUUUUUUUUUUGUCAUUCCACUAAGCCUUGGGCUACCUCCUGAUUUUAUUUUAUUUGUGUCUUUACCCACUUUUUUUGUUGUUUUUGGGACCUGGGAACAGAAAACACGAACAGGACCUCAGCGCAGAGGCCGAGUGUGUGAGGAGGAUCUGUUCGUGACGCCGCCACCGUGACUUUAGCCAACUUUUUUUUUUUUGCAUUAUUUUUUAACGCUCCACCUCCUCCUCUUUCCUCCAGCCUGCUUCUUUUUCCCCCUCUCCGUUGUAAAGACUGAAGAAACCGUGCGUGCACUUUGCAUCAGGUUCCCCCCCCCCCACCUUUUUUUAUGUUGUUGUUGUUGUUUUCUCCAGAGGAAGCAUACACACACAAUGUAGCAUCACCAUAUUUAUUACCGUACCGCCACGUGGGCUCGCCGCGCUGCAGCAGCAGCCGAGACGCGUGGAGCGAGAGGCUGAAAACGAGGGGAAGGGGGGCAGGACGACGACCGAGCUCUCUGCACCUUAGCCAUGCUGCCUCCACGGACUCGGACCGGCGUCUUUUUUUUUUUUUUUUUUUCCUUCCUCUUUUAGCUUCUGACGACGAGGAGGAUGGGAGGGAAAGGACAGGGCGGGAGAGAAAAAUGUAUUGUUCUUUUUUGUUUGUUUUUUGUUAACUUGUACACUGUGCAAGGUCGAAUUAUCCUGUACAGACUGUAAAGUGUAAUAUUAUUUUGUACAACUUAAUUGAAAGAAAAACAAAUCUACUUGUAGAUCUUUGUGCCUUGAUUAUGGCUGUACCUGUAAAUGAGCUCAGAUGUAAGUAUGUUUUCGACUGCGCUGUACAGCUUGAUGUCAAACUCUAUCGGCAGCAAAAAGACUGCAGGUAGGGGACUUUCUCUGUAGAGUUUAGUUUUUUCUGGUUUAUAAAAAUAAAGGAAAUGCUCUUUAGUAAAAAAAAAAAUACAAAAAAAUAGGGGAAAAAAAUCCUAAAAACCUGUAUACAUUAUGCAAAUUAACCACUUACCUGCAGUGAAGACCAGAUGUUGCAGCGCCAUGCCUUUUAUUUGUGGUUUAGUUUCUUUUUUUUUCUUUUUUUUUCCUUCUUAUAUAAAUAUAUAUUAUUAUUUUUUUGAAUUUCACAGCUUUAAACAAACAUUGGGAAUCCAUUGAAAGUGUCCAAAUUGCAACCUGGUGUUGUUUUAAUAGGAACCAACUUCUUAUUUUGUUUUUAAUGUUUUUUUUUUGUUUUUUUUUUUGAGACGAAGCGUGUGUGCCUGUGCGCAUGUGUACAUAAAGACAAACAUAGACUCACAGAAGCAUUGUGUGUGUGUGUGUGUGCGUGAGCGAGCGCGUGCCGUGCGUGUAAAAUUUUAUAAAUGUAUGUACAUGUAAAUUUAUAGGUCUAUAUAAAUAUAUAUGUACAAUUAUACAUGUUUAAUUAUGUGUGUGCCUAGGUGUACAUACCUAUGUAUGUAUACGGUAAAUAUGUAUACAUACACACAUAGGAAAGCAUGUUUAGGAUGGAGACGAAUAAAUGAGAGCGUGCAAUAUUA